CCAAACCUUCUACAAAAAAAACACCACACCAGAGGUUCCCUUAUUAAACAGUCCAAUCCCACAAAUUAUUCUCCAGAUUUCCCAUAGUGGAAAUUAAAAAAAAAAAAACUGAAAAAUGGCUCGUUCUUUCUCCAACGUUAAAACUGUCACUUCCUUCAUCGGCAACCAAAUCUCCGCAGUUGUUACCAGGAGAGGAUACUCUGCUGCGUCGCAGGGGCGGGUUGUUGGGGCUCCGAACGUGGUGGUGAAGAAAGGACCGGUGAAGGUCGGGGAGAGUGCAUGGGUGCCCGAUCCGGUGACCGGGUACUACAGGCCUGAAUGCAAUGCCAAGGAGCUUGACCCGGUGGAGCUGAGGGAGAUGAUGAGGAGCAAGAAGAACAACGCUAAAUGAACCGCACCCGCCAUGGAGACGGCCUUCCAAAUGUGAUCUCAUUUGGCCCGUCACUGGACACGGAUCAUUCUACCCACUAGGUAGAACAUAGAUCAACAAUGCAUUUAUCCGCUUAUAAUAUGACCACAUUUUUUUUUGCCAGUUCCCUGGUAUUAUUACUAUGCUGUUUUUAUGUAUGCUCAGAGUAUUUUUGUUGCUAAUGUUAUUAACAAUAUAUUGGAGUACUA